GUCCGGUGCUACACGAUGAACGGGUUAAGCCUGAGUGAACUGUGUUGCCUGUUCUGUUGUCCGCCCUGCCCGUCCAGAAUCGCAGACAAAUUGGCCUUCCUACCGCCCGAGCCUACGUACACGUUCGUCGAGGACGAGGGCUCCAAGUUCUCCAUCUCUCUGUCGGAACGCGCCGAGUGGCAGUACACCGAGCGCGAGAAGGAGUCGGUCGAGGGCUUUUAUGCGAGGACGUCACGCGGCAACCGUAUAGCAUGCCUGUUCGUACGUUGCUCGGCGACCGCGCGUUUCACCAUCCUCUUUUCACACGGCAACGCCGUCGAUCUCGGCCAGAUGUCGAGCUUCUACCUCGGGCUGGGCUCGCGCAUAAACUGCAAUAUAUUCAGCUACGAUUACUCGGGCUACGGGGUGUCGGGUGGCAAACCGUCCGAGAAGAACCUCUACGCGGACAUCGACGCCGCGUGGCACGCACUACGUACACGGUACGGCAUCAGUCCGGAGAACAUCAUUCUCUACGGCCAGAGCAUCGGCACUGUGCCCACAGUCGAUCUCGCUGCAAGAUACGAGGUUGGCGCGGUAGUGCUGCAUUCACCGCUCAUGUCCGGGAUGCGAGUUGCUUUCCCAAAAACCAAAAGAACUUGGUUCUUUGAUGCUUUCACUAGCAUAGAUAAAGUGCCGAAGGUAACGUCUCCUGUUCUGGUCAUUCACGGCACCGAAGACGAAGUUAUAAAUUUUAGCCAUGGUCUGGCGAUUUACGAAAGAUGUCCACGAGCAGUGGAACCAUUAUGGGUUGAGGGUGCCGGACACAAUGAUGUAGAGUUAUACAAUCAAUACCUCGAACGACUGAAACAAUUUGUUAGCGUGGAAUUGAUAAACUGACGGCGACUCAGCCUCUCCCAAAGUCAGGGAGGACAGGGAGGGGGCCAUAUGCAUGCAAACAGCCAAGGACGUACCGUUUCCAACAACUCUAAUACCGUCAGUUCCAUUUCGACAAGCUCUCCAACGGAAAAACUUGUCUAGCAGUCG